GGGCCCUGGGCCGGUAUGUCCACAUAAGAAAAUGGCGUUGCUACAGAAUGUGUUUUGAAAGGUCCAGUCAAGAUAAUUUCAUAUAAUAUUUUAUCAAUAUGGACAUCUCAGCUAUGCUUGAGGUACAAGUAGACGAAGUGAAAGAGGUUGAUAGUAAGGAGAAUGUUACACCGAAGGAUUUAAUUCCCUCUGUAACCAUUGCCCCACCACCGAUUUCUCAAGACGAAAAUAAUUUUUAUAAACUUAUGUUCGGAAAUGAUAUUUCUAUAGUAAGGUUUCGUAAAAUUCAUUGUACGGCAUGUGAUAUUCAUAUUGGUUCUGCUCCAGCACAAGCUCAUAAUAUGUUAGAACAUCCUGUAUUACAUACAUUGUUAUGUGCUAAGUGUAGAGAAUUUUAUGGAGAUGGUACUUUUGAACAAGGAGACGAUGCUACUGACAUGUUUUGUAGAUGGUGUGCAAAUGGUGGCAAUUUAUAUUGUUGUUCUUAUUGCAGUAAUACUUUUUGCUAUAAAUGUAUUAAAAGAAAUUUUGAUUCCUUAGUCAGAAAAAAAAUUGAGGCUGAUGAAAAAUGGAAAUGUUUUGUUUGUAAUCCAGUGGAUUUAUAUACUGCUAGAGCAACAUGUUGGGCUUUGUUACAGCAUGUACAAGCCGUUGCAAGAAUAUUACAAAGUGAUAGAGGAAUAUCUCCAGAAGAUUUAGAAGAAAGAAUGAAUUUAGAUGAGUCUGAAUGUUGCCCACGUAGAAGAAAGCGUAAACGCAGAAAGACCGGGUCUAAUUCUGAAGACGAGGAUGAAACAUAUGAUCCUAAUUUUAAUAAUGAACCAAUAACAGCAAAGCGUAGAUCAUUAAAAAGAAGAUACAAGCAUCGAAGAAUAACUAUAUCUAAUGGAACUGUUCCAAGAUUGGUACCUAUAAAACAAUGUUUUUCUUCGUCUACUGAAAAUAAUUCAAUGCCUCCUGAAGUAAGCACAUCAUUAUGUUCAGUUGAAAGUAUCAAAGUUGAUAAUGCCACUGCAAAAUUAGGUAGUGCAUCUGUUUCGUCUGUUCCAAUAAAAACACAGGAAAAUUCGUUAUCUUCGCGAUCUGAUCAAACCAUUCAAGAAAAGAUUGAUUCACCCAAUGUGAAGACAACUUCGUAUAAUUCUACUAUCAAUGCAGUACCCACUGUAAAAUUACUGCAAUCCACAGCUGCAUUUAAACCAAUGCAUACUAUAAUAGCUUCACGAGUUCAGCCAAAAAAUUCGUUUCAAGCUACAUAUUAUCCUGCAACACAAAUGGUAACUAUACCAAAUCAAAAACAUCACAUAAUGUUAAACAGAUCUCGAGUUUUACUACCGAAACCAAAAAAAGUGGUACAAAUGAUGAUGACACCAAAUGUUAUAAAUUUGGAUAGUGAUUCUGACGAACCAUCGGCCGUUCAAUUGAUGAAUUCUCAAAAUAUGCAAUGCAUGCCUCUUCAUAAGAACGUUACAUUUAAUACUGAUCCACAAUCAACAAUAGCUGUUCCUGUAGCACUUGUGAGUACAGAUAACAGUUGUAGUAAUAAUAGAAUAAAAAUAAAUGAGGUAGUAGAACAGCCUUUACGCGAGUUGUGUACAAAUUUCAAAAAAAGUGAAAAAAAUUUUAGUCAAAUUGUAUUUCUUCCAUAUAAAGAACAAUUUAAUCAUAUCUUAGAUAAUCUUAAAAUUAAAUUUCAUCAAAUACUGGAAAAUAAACGAAGUGAAGGAACAAGUACGAAUAUUAUACAAGAAGCACGAUCUAAAAUUCAGUAUCUUUAUGAUGAAAUUUGCAAUACUAUAACACAAUUAGUAUAUAUUAAUGACAGGAUAGUACGAGACCAUGGUAGUUGGGAAAGAUCUCAUAAUGCGGAAAAUAAAGUAGUAGAAAAGCGUAUUACCAGGCCGCUAUCAUUAGAAGAAAAUAAUAAAAUACCACUUGAUAUGAUUUGUGUAUCUGAUACUAUAGAAUCUGACAAUGAAGAUGUGAUAACUAUGAAUCCAUCUGAGCUUGUUCUUUCAACUAAUAUUUUGGAGGCAUUUUCCAAAAAGAAAAGAAUGGUUAAUCAAUGUGUUGGAAGUCCUAUUUUUUAUGCAGAUAAGUCAAUACAAGUGUUUGACUAUGAAUCAAAGGAUUAUGAAAAAACAAUUGGUCAUUCGAUAUUAAUGAAAGCCAACAAUGAUUCUUCGGUUAAGGAUGAUAGUUUACAACCUAUAAUUACGUCAAAUGAACAUUUUGGCAAAUAUCAAGAACAAUUUAUAUUUUAUUUACAACAUAUUGAAGAUAAUGGAAUCGAGAUAGAUGACUCUUCCAAUGAUGUUGUUUUAGAAAGUCUUACAGGUGUAGAGAUGGAUUCAAGUAGUCCAGAAAUAUUAAUUAAUGAAAUUCCAUCCAUUAAUUUAAGCAAAUCUAAAUUAAACGAUUUGCCAACGACGAAAAGAAAUUAUGAAAAAGAUCGUAAAACAAAAACUAUGAACAAUGUACCAGAAGCAGAAUUGUUACUUUCAGUUUCGAAACCUGUUCCCAAUAAUCUCAGGUUAGAAGAAACUUCAAUUUAUAAUAGAGGUAUAAAUGCAGAAAUUGAAAAAAAACAUAUGAAAAUAGCGAGCAGUACAUUACCUAAAACACAAAAUUUAGAUAUAAAAAAGGCGAUAGAGACCGUUAUAAAUUCAUUAAUUGCUAAUGAAACAAAUUCUAUUGAGAAUCUAAACAAUGCUACUACAGAAGAUGAUAUUACCAUUAUCGAAGAUUAACACAAUAAUAAAAAAACGUAAUGAAAGCGACCUAAAUUUAAAAAGUGAAGUGUUGUUUAUUAUUAUCAAGCAAAUUAAUUUGUGCUUAUAAAUAGGAGCAUACCUAAUAAAAUUUCCAACUUCUUUAUUGUUAAUAUUUGUCAAUAUGAAAAUAUAGAUUUAUCGUAAUAAAAAAAAAGGUAUAUAUAAUACCUAUAUAUUAUACAUAUAACAUUUAUUUGGUGACAUUAUUGCACCUAUAUUUAUUUAAUAAAAUUGAUACUUUGAUUUUAAAGUAAUGUUAGAGAAUAAUUAUAACGAAGAAUUAAUUGUUCGAAUUAAACAUUUCCAUUGCAAUGCAAUUGUACAUUUAUAUAGUACUGC